UUUACCUUCCCGGACUCCGUACAUAUUAGCUGUUGACAGAAUCAUGGCGUCCUCAAUGUCACUUCUAGGUUUGGGACGGGGUUCCCUGCUAAAUACAGCCACUAAAGUGUUCCUGCAUCCCGUCAGGUCGGUGAGCCUGACAGGAUGGAGGCUGGCAGAGAAACCAGGACAAGAGACGCAACUGAUCACCGUGGACGAGAAGUUGGACAUCUCCACUCUGACCGGGGUUCCCGACGAACACAUAAAGACCCGCAAGGUGCACAUCUUUGUGCCGGCCCGCACGGCCAUGCAGUCAGGAGCCCACGGAACCAAGAAGUGGAAGAUGGACUUUGACACCCGGGAACGCUGGGAAAACCCUCUGAUGGGAUGGGCCUCCACGGGUGACCCCAUGUCCAACAUGAACCUAACGUUCACCUCCAAGGACGACGCUGUCGCAUUUGCAGAGAAAAACGGUUGGAGUUACGACAUCACGGAGAAGAUGGAGAAGAAGCCCAGAGUGAAGUCGUACGGAGCCAACUUCUCCUGGGACAAAAGGACUAGGAGGUCUGCUAAGUAAACUGGACUGUCCUGACUCUCUGGUCUGAAGACACACGCCUGUUGUUGCUUGUACCAUAAUUACUCUCUACCUGAUUAAAUAAUACAGGGAUA